AUGGGAAUCCUCCUUGUUUUCACCCUGUGUGUCUGUUUACCUUGCUCCUUCAGUCAGUCAAUGGUACAGACCCCGGCAGCGGUGACCAGGAAGGAGUGUCAGUCUCUCACCAUCAGCUGUGUUUUCUAUGACGGAUUCUUUGCUUAUGCUUUGACGGCCGGGGAUUUCUUCAGACAAACCCAGACCGGGACAGAGUGGGAGCGGAUCUCCAGCGGGGGGAGAUUUGUUGUGUCGGUGAAUAAACCAGAAAAGGCAUUUUCGCUGGAAAUUCGAGAUGUGAGAGUUGAAGACACCGCCAUCUAUUACUGUAAAGCUCAGUAUGACACACACAGUUAUAAAUAUGCGGAUGGCUCUGGGACGGUGGUGACUGUCACAGCCGAUUCCAGUUCCGUAAUUUCCCGGGAUCCGCCUCUACAAACCUCUCCUGCCGGUGACACCGUUACUUUAAGAUGUGAAUACUUAGGAUUCUGUCAGUACACAGUACACUGGUACCGUCAGUCCCCCGGAGAGGCUCCGGAAUAUCUGCUUCAGAGGCACACUUCAGGAGAGGACAAUAAAGAAAACGCUGCCGGGGGUAGAAUUUCGGCUUCAAUCGAUUCUGCCGAGAAAAUCAGCCGAUUAGAUAUCUCCAAACUACAACUGAGCGACCCCGCUGUGUAUUACUGUGCACUGAGUCGGCGCAGAGCACGGUGA